AUGCCGGUCAACAGCCCGGCGCAUGGUCACGGCGCUUUCGCUGCACCCAUUCCGGAAUGCAGUUCUUGUUCCACUCAAGCCGUGUGGGCCAUCCGCGCCGCCGCUGCCUCGCUGAGUUUCCAGCUUCCCCUCAGAUCCCUGUUCAACUCCCACCACACUGGCCAGCCCUUGUCCCGCCCCGCCUCACGCCCUCUUGAAUUCUCUCCCUGGGCGCCCCCACUCGCCUCGUACAUCCUCCCGUGCUCGUGCCCGGGAAUCCUGAGCAGCCCAGUGCCUGUUUUGGUGGUUUCUGUGGCCUGCCUGCGCUUUCUGCCGUUCUGCCACUGGCUCAUCGUCUUUUGUUUGCUCCCGGCUGCACCAUCGCUGCUGUCGCUCCAUGUCGCCGGUGUCGAUCGCCCCCAUCGUUCGCCCCACUCAGAAGCCUUCCGGACUGAAGAGGAGGGCUGGGGUCACCAACAGAGCGGCGACCUCGGCCGGGGCCCAUUUCUGCUCCGACGGCCGGGCUUUGCGGACACCCUUCAGCUCGCCCUCCCCGUCGAGAGAGCGACCUGCCGAACGGCCAACCCCCACUAA